AGUGAUCUUGGAAUGCCCAAGCUUGUAAUAGCCUUUCAGGCUCCUUGGAAUAUCUCCCAUCCCCUGAGUGGCCAAAGGUUAAGCUCCGCUGUCGAGAUUGCCAUCGAUAAGGUCAAUGCAGAUCCAUCUUACCUAGGCAAUUACAGCUUGGAGUUUAUUUAUGCCGACUCUGGGUGUGAAGCAAAGAAGUCUCUGCAUGCUUUCAUCAACCAGUUUCAAAAAGAACACAUUUCUGCCUUGUUUGGACCAGUUUGCUCAGAGGCAGCAGAGGUAACUGGUUUGCUAGCUUCUCAGUGGAACAUCCCCAUGUUUGGGUUUGUUGGCCAUACAGCCAAGCUGGAAGAUUCCUUUGUUUAUGACACUUAUAUCAAUCUUGUCACCCCUCUGCAAAUGAUCGGGGAAGUCCUUUAUAAAACUCUCCAGUAUUUUGGGUGGAGGUACGUUGGCCUCUUCGGAAGCUCAAGUGAUGUUUUCACUUGGGCUGAAACAGAGGAGUUGUGGGCUUCUGUAGAAAAUCAACUCAAAAGCAACAUCACCAUCACUGCUAAGGUGAGAUACAACACAAAAGAUCAAAGCCUCCAUCAAGACAAGCUCAACUAUAUAGCAUCAGUUGCCAGAAUUAUUGUUUUAAUCUGCAGUUCUUUGGAUGCAAGAUCUAUUUUGUUAGAGGCCAAGAAACUAGGUAUGACAAAUGGACCAUACGUGUUCUUUGUGCUGCAGCAGUUUGAGGACAAUUUUUUGAAAGAGACUUGGAGUAAUGGGAACAGCAGCAUCCCAGAUGCCUAUCAGCCUGUGCUGCUCAUAGCUCUCAGAUCUUACAGAGAAUACAAGACCUAUUCUGAUUUUGUGAAGGAGGUCCACAGCAAGCUGAAGGAGAAGCAGCUUUCAGACAGUUUCUUUUCUUCACACGGAGAGGUAAGUUCUUAUGCUGCCUACCUACAUGAUGCUGUUUUGCUUUAUGCGUUAUCGAUAAAAGAAAUGUUAGAAGGGAAAAAGGACUUCCGUGAUGGAAAGGGCCUUGUCAACAGUUUGAAAGGUUACAUCAAAACUCCAAUGUAUGGCAUUACUGGCCCAGUCAACAUUGAUGAAUUAGGUGAGAGGAACAUGGAUUACUCUGUGUAUGAUCUCCAGGAAUUUGGCAACUCAGUUCAUUUCAUUCCAGUUCUUAACUUUGACAGUGUCAGGAAAACAAUCAGCCCAACCAGACAGAUUGACUAUAUCAGUUGGGCAGAUGGAGAAAUACCUAAGGACAAACCACUGUGUGGGUUUCACAAUGAACACUGCAAAACUCCAGUUACCAGUUCAGCCCUGAUUGUUAUGAUAAUUCUGCUGAUAAUAUCGGUAUUGGGGGCCAUUGGUGUGGCAAUGUAUAUAAAAAACCACAAGGGAAACCUUCGAAAUGAUACGUGGUGGAGAAUUAAUUAUGAGGAUAUCAUCAUUUUAAAUGAUAAUAAGGGAAACUUCUGUCUGUCUCAAGCAAGCACACCAGUGUCCAAAGGAACAGAGAGCUUGGGCUCCCAUUUGUUUAUUUCUAAUAAUGAUGAUUCUGGACCGAAGAACAAGCAAGGGAAAGAAGUAUUUUACACCACUGUAGGACUUUAUCAGGAGAACAGGGCACAAACUGCCCAACAGAAUAAAAGCCAGAAUAAGUCACAGGAUUCACAGGGAAUUGUUGUUGCUCUCAAAUUCAUUGAUAAUCAAACAGAUGCCUGGAUCCGGAAACCAUCAGUUCUCCAGGAGGUUCGGGUGAUGAGAGAACUGAGACAUGAGAAUCUGGUGGCCUUUUAUGGGAUAUGUCCUGAAGCUCCAAACAUGUGCAUUGUGAUGCAUUACUGUAAGAAAGGUAGCCUAAAGGAUGUUUUGAUGCAUUCUGAUAUCGAACUGGACUGGAUAUUCAAAAUCUCCUUUGCCUAUGACAUAGUCAAUGGUAUGGUGUUCAUUCACAACAGCCCCCUGAAUUCUCAUGGAAACUUAAAGCCCACCAACUGCCUGGUAGACAGUCGCAUGCAGGUGAAGCUGUGUGGCUUUGGGUUGUGGGAAUUUAAAUAUGGAAGGAAAUCUCAGGUAAUGGCAGAAGAAAGCAAUUAUGCAGAGCUUUACUGGACAGCACCUGAAUUGCUAAGAAUGGCAGAAUAUCCAUUCCAUGGCACCCAGAAGGGGGAUGUGUACAGCUUUGCUAUUAUUAUGAGAGAACUGAUAUACAAUCAUGAAGAUGGUCCAUUCCAUGAUCUAAGCCAGAAUGCAGAAGAGAUAAUAAAAAGAAUCCAGGACCCUAAUUCUCCUGUUCCACUGCGCCCUUCUAUUUCAACACAGAAAUGUAAUGAAAGGAUCGUUGCACUUUUGAAGGCAUGUUGGGAUGAAUAUCCAGAGAGGAGGCCAACAUUCCUCAACAUCAAGAGAGCACUGAAAGAUGCCAGUCCAGAAGGAAGUCACUUCGGUAUCUUGGACAACAUGGUGAAUAAACUGGAAAAAUACGCAAAUCAUCUGGAGGAAGUGGUUGAGUCAAGGACAACUCAGCUGAUGGCAGAGAAGAAGAAGACAGAAAAGCUUUUAUCAGCUAUGCUACCUGGUUUCAUUGGAGAACAACUUGUUGCUGGGAAAUCAGUGGAACCCGAGAGCUUUGAUUCAGUCUCCAUCUUCUUCUCAGACAUUGUUGGCUUCACCAAGCUAUGUUCUCUCAGCUCUCCAUUGCAGGUUGUGAAUCUCCUCAAUGACCUGUACAGUCUGUUUGAUAACAUCAUUAAAAACUACGAUGUCUACAAGGUUGAAACUAUCGGAGACGCCUAUAUGGUUGCUAGCGGCCUCCCCAUUCGCAACGGGAAGAAACAUGUUGAGGAAAUUGCUACCAUGUCUUUGCACUUUCUCAAUGCAAUCAUUUCCUUCAAGAUUAGGCACAUGCCGAAGGAGAAACUGAGCCUGCGUAUUGGUAUUCAUACAGGCCCUGUUGUUGCAGGUGUGGUGGGGAUCACAAGGCCACGUUACUGCUUGUUUGGAGACACAGUGAAUGUGGCUUCAAGGAUGGAAAGUACCAGCUUACCUCUCCAGAUCCAUGUCUCUAUGAUCACAGCAAAUGUUCUCCAGAUGAUUGGAGGUUAUGAUUUGCAGGAAAGAGGGACCAUAAGAAUAAAGGGCAAAGGACAGCAAAGAACGUUUUGGCUGAAAGGAAAGGUUGGAUUCCAUCUGCCCCUACCAGAGUUUGGCAGUGAUGUAGAAAGCCGCCCAAAGGGAAAUGCUGAGGUAGACAUGUAGCUAUUAGACCCGGCAAGCAAUAACAUACAUUGGACAAUAAUACAUAACUCAUAUGUGAUAAGUGCAGUGUUUGCAUGGGGGAAGGAUUAGCGCUUGGGUGUAGGCCAAGUACACCCACCCCAAGGGGCACAAACGGGUGGUAGUUGAAUUCCUUAUUGGUAAAGCACUCCAUUGCAGAAUCUCCCAGGGUACACUGCUCCCGCUACAUAGCUAGCUAGGCAUUUACUCCCUAGCCUUGUGCCCUGAAUGUUGGAGCAACAACAUGACCACCUCUCUUCCGGAAUGCAAAUCCCCUCACUUGACAGAGCACGCACAAGCAACCUGCAACUUUCCCUGAACCUGGUGCUUUAAGCCUCUCCUUAUCCUUGGAGACAGAGGAGGAGGGGACGGAAGAGAUCCUAAUGACCCAAGUCUUCUAAGGACUGUCUCUUCCUCCCAAUCCUUCCUGCAACUCCUCCCGCACCUCUGACAGCCCCAUCUCUUCCUCUUCCCUCAGCCCCAACUCCUGCCUUGCAGAAAGCACAG